CCGCAUUUUUCUCCUCCUUCUCUCACUCCCUUGUCUGAUUCUCUCUCUAACCGUUUGAAAGUUUCUGACUUUGGUUUGUUCAUUGUCGGUUUCCUUUUUUCCUGGGUUCAAACUCAAUUUUGGUUUUCACUUCUGGGCUUUCCAAUUCAAGAGAUAAAGUUUUCAAAUUGUAGGGGAAUUUUUUGUUAAGGGGAGUUCAAUUUUGGAUUUUUGGGUAAAUUUUGGGUUCUUGAUUCCUCAGUUUUCAAAUUGGAGAUAACUUUUUUGGGUUUCAGGUUUCAAAAAUUGGAUUUUAAGAAAUGGGUAUGUGAAAUUUGGUUUUUCCAUUUCCGGAUUUUGAAAUCUAAGACAGAAAGUUUUCAAAUUGGAGAGAAAUUUUUUGUUUCCUUAUUUUUGGCAACUGGGUCUGUGAGAUUUUGAGGGAAGAGAGUGUGAGCUUCUGUAACUGGGAGUUUUAUUUGAGAAUGCGCGCGACGGACUAUCAAGGUUCGUCUCCUUCGUCGUUAGCCCAUUUUGGCCGUUCAAUUCUGAGUCUCCGUCGUGAUCAGGUUCAGGUUCACUCCAUGGAAGGUUCAAGCUUGGAGGUUGAGAUGGAGUCCUUUCAGCAACACGUCACUGACCAGUUCCUUGAACUCUCUUCAGUUGGUCAGGAUGAAUUGCUUUCACUCUCGUGGGUUGGGAAGCUCCUUGAUUGCUUCCUCCGUUGCCAAGAGGAAUUCAGGGCCAUUCUCCAUUCUCACAGGGCACAGGUGUUGAAACCCCCUUUGGAUCGCAUGGUCUCUGAUUACUUUGAACGCAGUGUGAAGGCAUUGGAUGUUUGUAACGCUAUUCGCGAUGGGAUUGAGCAGAUUCGCCAAUGGCAGAAGCUGUUGGAGAUUGUGCUUUAUGCAUUGGGGCAUCAGAGGAGCAUUGGUGAGGGUCAAUUUCGUAGAGCCAAGAAGGCCCUCAUUGAUUUGACAAUUGGGAUGAUGGAUGAUAAGGAUUCCAAUCCUUCUAUUGCACAUCGAAACCGAUCUUUUGGCCGCAACACUGGUAGCAGAGACCAUAACCAUAACCAUAAUAAUAACAGCAACCAUCACCAUCGGUCUUUGGUGCAUUUUCGAUCACUUUCAUGGAGUGUUUCUCGUACUUGGUCUGCUGCAAGGCAGCUCCAAGCAAUUGGAAACAACGUGUAUCCCCCUAAAGCAAAUGAUCUUGUGGCAUCUAAUGGCCUUGCAAUGCCCGUGUUUAUCAUGAAUUCGAUCCUGUUGUUUGUGAUGUGGAGUCUUGUAGCUGCAAUUCCAUGCCAGGACCGUGGAUUACAUGUCCAUUUUACCAUUCCGAGGAAUUUCUUAUGGGCUGCUCCAAUGCUCUCGCUUCAUGAAAGGAUCAUGGAGGAGUCGAAGAAAAGGGAGCGGAAGAAUGCUUGUGGCUUGCUCAAAGAGAUUCAUCAGAUUGAGAAAUGUGCUAGAGUGAUGAAUGAAUUGGCUGAUUCUGUGCACUUCCCAUUGACGGAGGAUAAAGAAGGGGAGGUUAGACAGAGAGUGCAGGAGGUUUCACAUGUUUGUGAUGCUUUGAAGGAUGGACUAGACCCUUUGGAGCGCCAAGUGAGGGAGGUGUUCCAUAGAAUUGUUCGCAGCAGAACAGAAGGGCUUGACUCUCUUGGCAGGUCAAACUAUACUGAGUAACUUGUUGCACCCUUCAUUGCGAAAUAUGAAAAUAGAAGUUGAGAUGAUAUAAUAGACUUAUUUUGCUUCCAUAUAAAUAGAAGACUACUAGGAAAUGAAGAAGCAAGAGACUAAAAAUGUAUAGAAUUUAGGAUAUUUGAAGGGGAUUCUUGUGGUCCUUGGUGUUUGUUUUUCUCCCCUAUCGUUUUUGUCUUUUGAUGUUGCUAUUGUAUAAUCAAUUUUCUGUAACCUGCUGCAUCCUCAUUGUAGCUCAAUUUGUUUAUGGGUAUGUAUUAGAUACAUCUCCUUUUGGUUCAUAUACUUAACAAUUGUAUUUGGAAGAGCAGAUUGUUAUAAAAUCUACUCUUCCUUUUUCAUUAAACUCUUUGGACUAAUUGUAG